AACCCAAUUUCACAGGGAAAACCCAGAAAAAUUGUCAUUCAAGAGGAGCUCAGAAAUGGGGAGAGAGAAAGUGAGAUGAAGCGUUCUUUUUGGGUAAUGAGAUAGAAAGUCAAGAGACAGUAAAUCCCAAUGAGACAAAAGGACAAUAACGGAGUACUGACAAUUUUCAAAUUACAUAUUAAUUGACACUUUUAACCCUGCGAGACAUUACCAAAUGUCUCACAACCCUCCGUUUGGAACGCCUCUGAAAGAACUUAGCAUUCUCGCUCGCGAGGCUCGUGGUAGGUAAGACUGGACUGGAGUAGUAGUGGUGGGAGAGAAUGAGAUCUAAGUAUCUAACCCCCCAUAACUCUCCCAAACACAUUGUUUCAAUCAUACAUAGUUGACAUCCCCAUUAUCAGCUCACCUAAUUUCGCCCAUAGUAUCAUUAAUCAUACCUAACACCAUUCUUUCCCUUCAAAAAUUAAAACCUCUUUUCCAUUUUUUUUGUGUAACAAAACAUCCCCUUCCAAAAAAAUAGAAAAUUAAAAAACAAUGGAUUUCUUGGAAUCUCCUGAGAUGAAAAUCGUAGCCAUUGGUGUGACAGUUGUUGUUGUUGCCGCUUCAGCUUCUUGCUUAUUCUCUACGAAGAAGAAAUCUAGAGUUUGCUUGGAUCCUGAGAAUUUCAAGGAAUUUAAGCUUGUGAAACGCACCCAAAUCAGUCAUAAUGUGGCUAAAUUUACAUUUGCGCUUCCUUCUCCAACUUCUGUCUUGGGUCUUCCCAUUGGUCAACACAUCAGUUGCAGGGGAAAGGAUAGUCAAGGAGAGGAGGUCAUUAAACCAUACACUCCAACUACAUUAGACUCUGAUGUUGGGCGCUUUGAGUUAGUCAUCAAGAUGUAUCCUCAAGGAAGAAUGUCACACCAUUUUCGGGAGAUGCGUGUUGGUGAUUAUCUUGCUGUAAAGGGACCUAAGGGGCGCUUCAGAUACCAGCCUGGUGAAGUGGCAGCUUUUGGGAUGCUUGCUGGAGGUUCUGGCAUCACUCCAAUGUUUCAAGUAGCUAGAGCCAUAUUGGAGAACCCAAAAGACAAAACUAAAGUGCAGCUAAUAUAUGCCAACGUGACUUAUGAGGAUAUUCUUUUGAAGGAGGAAUUGGAUGGGCUAGCGGAGAAUUAUCCUGACCGUUUUAGUAUAUACUAUGUCCUUAAUCAGCCUCCUGAAGGAUGGAAAGGCGGUGUUGGAUUUGUAAGCAAGGAAAUGAUUCAAGAACACUGCCCUGCACCUUCAUCAGAUAUACGGAUCUUGAGAUGUGGCCCUCCGCCUAUGAACAAAGCUAUGGCUGCUCACCUGGAGGAACUGGGCUAUUCUUCUGGCAUGCAGUUUCAGUUCUGAUCUCACUGAUCCAGUAAUAUCGAGCUUCAUAUAAAACAUGAUAUUGGGUUAUACAGUGGCGUACUCUUUGAUUCAUUGGCUACCAUGACUGGCUGCUGAACACCUUAAGUGGGAUGUGAUUUCUGCUGGUGUUUAUGUUGAUACCAGAAAAUUUAAGAUGCUUGUUCACAUUGGUGUUAGGAUGACAUUCCUCCGAGAGUUUGACUCGUAAAGUUCCUGUUUAACUGUUUUGCUUGAUUUACAUUUAGAUAAUUGUUUUAACAAGGAAUUAGCAAAAGGGUUAUAAGUUUGCCUAAUACAACAACACAUGCAUUUCAUGAUG